AUGCCGCUCGCCAUCGGCUCCGUCUCCUCCGCCGCGACGCUCCGCGCUUCCGCGCGCGCGUCCGCGUCCCAUCGCGGUCGGCGACGCGCGAGCCUCGUCGUCGUUCGCGCCUCGGCCUCGUCCUCGUCCUCGUCCGACGACGACGACGCCGCGACGACGCCGCCGUCGCUCCCGUCGCGCCGCGCGGCGAUGCUCGCCGGUUUCGUCGCCGCGUCGACGAGCGCGAUGAUGACGACGCGCGUCUCGCCCGCGCGCGCGAGCUCCGCGGACAUGCUCGCGGGCGUCCGAACCAAGGUGUGCGAUCCCACCGCGGACGGCGCGGAGUGUCGCGCGAACGAGAUCGGGAAAGACCUCGGGGGACUUGGGGACUACGACCAGAAGGCGAACAAAAAAGUCGAGCUCGCGAAGGCGAUGACGAACCCGAACAUGACCAACUACCAGCUCGACACGAUGAAGCUCGUGGACGAGUGCGCGGAGGUGCUCGCGCUGGACGUGUACGACCUCACGAGGGAGAAGAGGAUAGGGCAGCUCGUCAAGGACGGGAACGUUUGGAGCAGCAAGUACGCGCCGGGGGGGUCGUCGAAAACGGCGUCUGGGAGAGCGUUUUAUAACGCCAUCAACCAGGUGAGCGGGCACUUUAACUUCAACGGGAUCGCGCCGCUGCCGAAGAGCCGACUGGACGUCGUGAACGCGAACCUCGAGGACACGCGGAAACUCAUCGCGCAGGGACGCUGA